AUGCCCCCACAGAGAAAACAAUCCAAGGAACUCAUCUCGGUGGUUAGUUCCAAACACGACAAAUCGGGUUCCGAAUAUCAGGUUUCGGAAGGGGAUGAUGAGACUGAGACCGAUACCGGGAUAGAAGACGACGCUGAGGAUGAGAGUGACGGAGACCUGGAGGAAGCUGCUGCCGACAUCACUGCCGCAGAUGUUGAGGAGCAAGUCCGCCAGUUUGACCUGGCACACAAGGGCACAGGGCUCAAGAAGCCGGUCCAAGCCAACACGGACCGCCAGGAUGAUGGUGAAGAGCUCUUCGAUGGAAAUGUGCAUCCUCCCGAGUACUACCGUCGGGACAUGCAGGAUCUUAACGAGAGAGCCUAUCUAAAGAAAAACUACUCGGAAGGCACACUCGAAAUGGUCAACAGGGUCGAGCGUCAAUGGACUGAGUUCUCCCGCAGGAUCCAGGGAGUUGAUGCAAUCCGUGGCUACGAGACCAUCAAUUUUUCCUCUGUCUUCGCGUUCCUGAAGUGGACUCUGAACCAGAAGAAGUCACUGGAUGGGAAGCUUAAGCGGGGGACGACGAAGAAGGCCUUCCUGAUCACCUUUUGGUGCAAUUUCCGUCUUGCUUACCAGAGGGCGAUGGGCUGCAAGAUCGACCAGGCCGUCAACACGCAGAUGAUUAGUCAAGGCAUCGCGGAGCUAACGAAUGUCUAUGACCUGUCUAGUGAGAAACGGAAUAAUAGGGCGAUGUUGCUUGCGGACUUCAUCCUGCAAAUUGAUACAAUGCUACGCACGACUGAGAAGGAUUUCAAAAUCGGCGAACUCCGCAUUCUCUCGGUGUUGUUCUUGCUCCUUAUGGCCCCUGCGGGCUCCCGGCUGAGAUCCAUUCUACGUCUUCGCUUCGGAGAUAUCAACAUACUCCUCGUACGGGACCCAAAGCACCCAGAAGGGCCUUACAAGCUGCUCAUCCGCUUUACGCUGGCAUUCACCAAGCGAUACCUAGACAGCAAGGCGAUCAAGACAUUUAUGAUCCCGGAGAUCAUCUACGAUGAUACACUGCUUCUGAGCCCCCACGUCUUUCUCCUCGGCAUUCUUUUCCGUCACAAUGCCUUCCGUUCAGAGAGUCUGAACAAGAAUCCCGGAGCACUUGCUGACCUUAGGAUCUGGAAGGACGAUAAAGAGUUGUUGAUUCCCCUAAGGAGAGACCUCGACGAGGUGCCCCUCUUCCGUCGGUAUGAAGAGACGCUUACGGGUGCGCUCAGCAAGAUGCCUAAAAGGACGCCGGCGUAUAGGAAGGCAGCCAAGGAGCUAUCGAGUGCCAAGAUGAGGUUGCGGCGGUCGAUGAAAGCUCGCAUGAGAGCAGAGUGGGGUGCGAAACAGGCAGUUCAAGUUGAAGACAUCGAAAUCCAGAUUCAAGGCAACGGCUUCGCGGCAUCUCCCAACGACACUCGGAAGUCACGUCCGAUGAGUUCACCACUCCGAAGAUUGGUUACCGCGCUUACAGCACCGCUUCCUCCUCAAGAUCUCGCCGCUCAAUUCCAGCGUAGGACGGAGGCGGUCCUGGCUGUCAUGGCGUACUGCGAGGUGAUAGAACGCCCCUCAUCCAAGGUCAUAGAGGCUAGGCCGCGGCCUCCUGCGAUUGAAUUGCAGCAGCAGAAGCAUGCCGAUGCAGUAGAGCUUCUUAGACGGUCUGUCUUCUGCAAGCCUGGGCAGCGUCUCCGACGCUGCUUUAUUUGUGUGGGCAAGGCGCUCUCUCUCCCGUCUGACGACCCAAACAUACCUGAUCUCUGCCAUACCUACGCUGGGCACCGUGAGUCCAAACGCCACUUCAUCAGCAAGCACCUGUCUAAGCUGGAACCAAACCAGAAAGUCGUCUGCCCGGUCUGCAUCCCCAAGAAGGUGCUGAAACACAAAGACCACUUCCGUAACUAUGCAGAGAGUGUCCAUGGCAUCCGGACCGUUGCAGUUAAUGGUGAACCAACUGACCCUCGCUGGUACUGA